CCGCGUGUUCGCACACGUUCACGGGUCUGCGUUUUGAUUUUGUCUUCUCAGAUUCUCAUAUUCUCCACCUGCCACACAGUCACAUCCAAAUCCAUUCAAAUUCUCCACAACUCUCUUCUUGCGGCUUUUUUUUAUUUGUCAGCCGAAACACCGUUAUUGCACCGCGUGUGUGUGAGCCAGUGUGUGUGCGUGUGUGUAAAGGAUUCGAGAAGCUAUACUUGGGAUUACUAGUUUCUUAGGCUACUUUCGAGUUUAACCGACGAGUUUAGCAGGCAUUUCAGGAAGUUCCAAAGUGAUUUCCUUUUUGAUUUUUGUUUAAGGAUUUUUAUAAGAUUGCAAAAUGAAUUUUUAAAGAGAUUUAAGCAAAGUUUUUGGUUUUCCAAGAUCAGGCUUCGUUACCAAAUAUUUUAACAUACAUUUUGUUGUAAUUUUUGAGAGUUUGUUAAGAAGUUCUUCGAAGAAUAUUUAAAGUAUGAAAAACGAGUUUUUUAACUUGAAGUUUGUUGCCAAAGGUCAUUUUUAGAAAAAAUUAAAGUAAACUAUUAAAAAUAUUAAACUAAAAUCCAGUUUUUUAUGUUAACUUUCACAUCCUUGAAGCUUUGUUAAAAAAUUGGGUAAAUAGAUAAAUUAAAUAUAAAAAUUGCAAAUUUGUUCCUUAAGAAAACGUGAGCUUAUAGAACGGAUAGAAGGAUAGCCUGUUCACUUCAAGCCAAUAAAAUUAUUAUAUUCGAAAUUUUUCUUAUAUAUUAAGUUCAAAUUAAAAUUUUAAAAAUAAAUAUAUUUACAAGGAUAACGUAACUUCUUUGCCUUUAGACACAGAAAUUCAAAUAUUUUAUUUUAAACUUCAUAAAUAAGGGAGAAAAUAGGAACAAACAUCAGAUAAAUAUCCAUUAAAUAUUUUUCAAAACAGUGAUUAACAACGUUUUUUAAUACCAAUUAAAAUUAUUUUAAAAAUGAUUUUAACUUUAAAAGUUAAUUUGCAAAAAAAGUUAAAAAAUUAAAAAAACGUAAUUUCGAAAUUUCGCAUUUUGGCUAAGUUUGAGGGCAAUGCAGUUUGUAGAGAACCGAAACUCUCCAAAAGUUGCAACUCCGCAGGGCCGACGGUAACUCUCUCGCUGCCGGCGCCGCUGUCGGUUUCGCUGCCGCCGUCAACGACGUCCGAGCGGGCAGAGCAGAGCAGAACCGAAACAGAAACAGAGUCAGAGUCAGAAACAGAAACAGAAUCAGAAACAGAAGAAGAAAAGUCGACAAGAGGAGUCGUGUCGAGAUCGAAGUGCCGAACGGAACGGAACGGAACGAACGGAGCUGAACGGAAGUGCAGUGCAAAGCGGAAACGGAAGCUGGAGCAGUAUUCCCACUUAGUGCUUGGCACGCACACACGCCAGUUCGCUCACACACACUCGCACACACUCUGUCGAGCGGUCGAACACGCACGCACACACUCACGUGCGUUUGGCGGGGUUACCCAUUAUAUUGUUUCUUAAUUUCUCUGCAUUUACAACGCGUGCAAGCGACCGACUUUUUUUUGCAAAUUUUUUUUAACGUGCUCUCUUUCCAUAUAUAUAUAUCUAUAUAUAAAAAAAUACGAAAUAAAAACAAAUAUAUAAAAUACAAAAUAAUUAAAAAAAAAAAAAUAAAAUAAAAAACAACCCCCACAGCAGCGAGAACAACAACGUGCGGUGUUGUGAGCUUGCGGCAAAAAUCAAAUGAAAGUCCAACCGCAAAGUAAAGUAAAGCGAAAUUCGACAAAAGUGGCAACAUGCAGUGCGUGUGCAUAGAAAAACCAGAUAUACAGCGGCCACAGGGUAAAGUACUUUGGACAAGUGAAAAAUCCCCCAAACGUCAGUGAAAAUCGAAGGAGAAACCAACACGGCAUACGCAGAGAAAAUCGCUGGAAAACCGAACAAAAUGUUUGGCAGCCAAACCGGCUGCCUUUGAGGCUGAGUGAGUGGCUCAAGCACGAAGACCUUUUUUAAGACAAAAGCCCAGAGAAACUAAAGCUAAAAACUUUCGAAUUAUUACGAGAAUCUUCUACAUUUGAAAUAUUUUCAAAUUCAGAUUUAAACCACUUUAUUCUUAAUAAACUAAUUGAUAAUUAAUUACAUAAUAGUAAACAAAGCUCAAAUAGACUGAAAUAGAGUCCAAAUAUAUUACGAAAGUAAAUGCAAUUAAUUCAACAUAUCAUAUAAAUUAAUUAGAACAAAUUGCAUUUAAGUUAUAAACAAAGCAAAACCAAACAGCCGUAAAGUAAUUACACAAACCAGAGGCCAGCGAAACCGAAAACUGAAAACCGAAAACUGAAAACCGAAAACCGAAAACCAAAUGGACAAAAGUCAAAACUAAAGCCGGAAAACAGCGAGAAUUAAGUGAGAGAAGAAACAAAACCAACAAAAAGUGGAGAUCAAAGUGCAAGAGAGUGUGUGGUGGCUCCAUCGCGAAGAACCAAUAACCAAUCUAACACCGUAUACUCAAUAAUUCAAUUAAAUUCUAUUCUAAUUCGCCGUUUAGUUCGCGUUUCAAUUAACCCCAAUAAAUUAUAAUGUUUAGUCCAACAGCCAAGAGAACGGCGACGUAAAUGGAUCAUCAUCAAUCGUAGAGGCGGCCGAAAAGAAAUCAAGAUCGUCAAGUGUCUAUGAGGACAGCUGAAAGUAUAUUGUUUUUUUUUUGGGGGCGUGGCUCCAACUGCCCCACGCCAAGGUACGCCCACAGGAGCAAGUGAGACAACAGAAGGCAGGGCAACAGAGAGGGCAACACAGAUGUGCGAGCGGCGGUGAGUGAGCGGACUGGGAUUCCGGAUUCCAGGGGGGCUGAGAAGGUGGUGAAGGCGCAGAAGGACGCAGGACGAAGGCCAUGGAUUGGACCCGGUGGCAAAUGGCCAGAGAAAGAGCUGGCAACCCUGGACAAGUCAGGAACAACCCUGGGCACAAGGAUUGCGAUCGCGAGACCCGAUUGGAGUGGUUGCCCAUUUGAUUCGUUGCGGCUUCACACGGUUCUAUCACGCAAACUAAAGCCACAUCUUGUUGCCGACACCGUUAAGCAGUAUAUAAGUCGGGCCCAACGCACAACCAAAAAGGGUUCUCAAGAGCAGCAAAAUAUGGAGUUUUUACGCGGCGUCUAUGCGUUUAUGCAAGUGAGUAGAUCAUCGGUGUCUCAUGUUAAAAUCGAUUCACCUGUUUUUCGCCUGCACACCAACGCAACGGUUAUAUUACUGAUCACAUUCUCGAUUGCUGUGACGACGCGGCAGUACGUAGGAAAUCCCAUAGACUGUGUACAUACAAGAGACAUUCCCGAAGAUGUUCUCAACACAUAUUGUUGGAUACACUCAACGUAUACAGUGGUCGACGCGUUUAUGAAGAAGCAAGGUUCCGAGGUGCCUUUUCCCGGAGUUCACAAUUCACAGGGCCGCGGGCCUCUAACAAUAAAGCACACAAAAUAUUAUCAAUGGGUAGCGUUUACACUAUUUUUUCAGGCAAUCUUAUUUUAUACACCAAGAUGGCUGUGGAAAUCUUGGGAGGGUGGCAAGAUUCAUGCGCUCAUCAUGGACUUAGACAUAGGCAUUUGUUCCGAAGCCGAGAAAAAACAAAAAAAGAAAUUACUUUUAGAUUAUUUGUGGGAAAAUUUAAGAUAUCACAAUUGGUGGGCGUACAGAUAUUACGUGUGUGAGCUGCUCGCCCUUAUAAAUGUGAUAGGUCAAAUGUUUCUUAUGAAUCGAUUUUUCGAUGGCGAAUUUAUGACAUUUGGCCUGGAAGUGAUAGAUUAUAUGGAGACCGAUCAGGAAGAUCGCAUGGAUCCGAUGAUUUACAUAUUUCCCAGAAUGACCAAAUGUACAUUUUUUAAAUAUGGUUCAAGUGGGGAGGUGGAGAAACACGACGCCAUUUGCAUUUUACCAUUAAACGUUGUUAAUGAGAAGAUUUACAUUUUCCUUUGGUUUUGGUUUAUAUUAUUAACGUUUCUCACAUUAUUAACGCUAAUAUACAGGGUGGUUAUUAUAUUCUCUCCUCGCAUGAGGGUCUACUUAUUUCGUAUGCGAUUUAGGUUAGUGCGUCGUGACGCUAUUGAAAUAAUCGUUCGUCGUUCGAAGAUGGGCGAUUGGUUUUUGUUGUAUUUACUAGGUGAAAACAUAGAUACAGUUAUAUUUCGUGAUGUUGUACAGGACUUAGCGAAUCGUUUAGGACAUAACCAACACCACAGGGUGCCUGGCUUAAAAGGUGAAAUACAGGAUGCAUGAUAUUGGGAGUAUUAGAAACAAUACAAAAUGCAAUUUGUCGUCUCCAUUUGAAAACCAUCGAAAUCAACAACAACAACAACAACAACAACUUAACAAAUGUCAACAACAAAAACAAGACUAAGAAAAGGAAACUACAACCACAAAGGAAUCUAGAGAUCUUCGCAGCAGCCGCUUCAUAACAAAAAACUCAACACACACACACCCCCACACACACACACCGCUAAAAAAUCUUUAAAAAAAAAACGUAUCUCAAAAAUACAACCAAAAAAACUAUCGUCAGCUCGCAGUCAGUCAUUAAUCAGCAUUUUCAACCAUGGAGACCAUGAUCGAUAGCCGGCUAAGUCUAUCGAUAGUCGAUACAAGCACAUCCAAGAACCACAGGGCAUAGAAAUACGAAAAACACACACAAAAUGGAAGCGGAUUGAAAGCAGGGAGAAUAAUGGACAAAAUAGGAAAACAUCAACAGCCACGCAACGAAAGGAAUUAAGUCUUAAAUUCAGUGUCAAUCAAGUAACGUAACGUAAAGAAUAACGUAAUGAGUAAACGGAUAAUGGAUAAUCGAGAGAUGAAGACCGGAAGACCUGGCGCUUCCGGACAGGAUUCCCAGGCCGGUGGCACGUAGCGCCUGCCGUCGGCCAGGGGUCACAAGGUCACAAGUCACAAGGGAUCGCCUGGGAAAUCAGCGAUCAGCGACCCAUAGAAAAGUUGCCCCAAGGACAAGGUCAAAGUGUGAGGAGAAAACAACAUCAAUGGACAGCACCGGAAACGGAAACGGAAACGGAAACGGAGACAACAGACAGACACACACACAAGCACACGCACAUACAUACUUAUGACGCCACAUACACACAUACAAACACGCUUACAGCGACAUCACUCAUACGCCCCGUAGAACACACCGCACUUUGCUUGUCAUGCAGCGUUAACUAAACCAAACAUCAACAAAGUCGAGACGACGCCCGCGGAAAAUUGCAUUUCUGUAUUAACCCAAUAAAAAAAAAGAGAAGAAAGAGGAAGAAGAAGAUCGAAAAUCAGCAUCACUUUCACCGAGGAAAAGCAGGAGUACCACAUAAACGAGGAGAUGCUACAACAAAGAUCAACAACAACAACAACAGCAACACAAAAGUUUGGAGGCGGGAAGGCAUCCCCGAAGGCAGCCUCCAGGAAAGCAGCAAAUGAAAGUCAAGAAAAUCGCAAGUGGAAAUCGCAGAGAAGAGUAACAGUUUAAUUAAAUUAAAUUCAAUUCAAUUAAAUUACUUAUUACAAUGAAAUCUUGAAGUGUUCAUGUAUUCGAAUGUAGGUUAACUAAGUCAAGCAUACAAAUAAUUCUACAUAUAUGUAUAAUAUAUAUAUUAUAUAUAUAUAUAAACAAUUUUUUUUUCUAACUCUAAGCAUUUGUAUUACCCGCUAAACAAAUGAACAACAAAACAAAACGAAACAAAACAAAAUGAAAGAAAGAAAAAACAAAGAAAAACAAACCAAAAAAAAGCAAACUGAAAACAGAAUUUUUUGUAUACAGAAAUGAAAGAAAAUCGAAAACCGAAAUGAGCAGAUAGAGAAAUAAUGAUAAUGAAAAAUGAAAAGAAAAACCCAAAAACCGAGACGAAACGAACAGAAAAUAUCAAUAAAUAUCAAAGAAAGUUCAGAAAAUACCAUACCGAAUACCGAAAACCGAAACAAAAGAUACAUUUACAUAGUUUAAUUAGAAGAAACUAUAGCGCGCAUCAUUAUAUAACCGAAAAACUGAAAAACUGAAAAACUGAAAUACUGAAAAACUGAACAACCGACCGAACAGAACUCCACUCACCCAACUCACACGGACAAACGGGGACAGACGGAAACGGAAAUGUUUUAAGCCCAUACACUCACAUCCACACCACACACACACACACACACACACAUAUAUAGCAUGUAAAGCAUAUAUAUAUAUAUAUAUAAAAUUAUCGAUCGAUCAUUCAGCAAACGAGAGCAGCCAACAUUCGCAGCAUAAAUCAAUUAACUCCACUAAUAAUAGAGCAUACUCAACUCUCUCUCUACGAAAAUACGCCUAGUACUCAAGCGGAAAAUGGGAAAAUUCGCCAGGAAAAACGGGCGGAACACUCACGCUUUGCCACAUGAAUCAAGUGUAAGCAUAACGAUAAUAAUUAAAUAACACCGCUAGCGAAUAAAGUCCCGAAGAUGCGGGUUCAGUUCAGUUCAGUUCAGGAGUUCGACAAUUCCCCCGAGGCAUUGCAGUUGGCCCUACAGUGAGACCUUCGUAUGACAGACACGGCCCCCCUCCGACGGUUAGUCACCCAUCCACGAGUUCAUCAUGUGCUACAAAUCGUAAUAUCCGUCCAGAAAACCUUUUGAAGCGCACCUCUAACUUUCCAUUUCCGUUGAGAUGGGAUCUUUCUCCUGAUUCCGAUCUCUCGCUCUCUCUCUCUCUCUCUAUCUAUCUUUUUGGGUCCUGAUCCUUGAUCUGAGAUCCUUCUGAAUUCCUAAUUCCGAUUACCGUAAACCCCAAUAAAUGGACCAAUGAACAAGUCACACAGAUGCCUCAAAAGUUUUUCCCCUUCCCGUCGCAUUUUCCCAUCUCUCAAAGGACGACCAAACACAAAAGAGAAAACAGCCAGAAAAAGCCAAGCCAGAGAUGCAAAUCUAACAACAAAUAUCACUGCCAACAAACCACUUAAAGUAAAGUCAAAAUAAAAUAGUUAAAUACGAAAACUAAGCGGUAGAGGGCGGCCAGCAGAGUAGGAGGGUUUUUGCGUAGGGUUAACCCUGCAAUGCCUGCCAUAUUAAGAAAAGAAAAAAAGCGAAAGGAAUUAGCCCCAGAAAAGUGUUCCUCGUCUCAGAAUCAGGAAUUGCCGAUACGAUGGACCUGCUCAAGACCUCACUCCUUUCGGGAAUUACUUUUGGAUUUAAAUCAUCUAAUUUGAGUGCUUCUUUCCGUCUAAUCACACUACUCAGCAUACUCAAAGACGCAUUACGAUUUAAAAAUAAAUAGGGAGGACAAGUGGGGGCAAGGUUGAAGCGAAAAAACAAUAAAUGUAACAAUAAAUGGUAAUAAGUAAUUUUAGCGUAUUUUUUUUUAACAGCUUAUAGCCAACUAAGUGAAGUAAUUGUAAUUCUAGUUCAAACUGAACCAUUUUUGUCUGCGUUUUUUUUUGUCGUGGAUUCAUAGAUUAAGCCAGACACACACACACACACACUCAAACACACAAACACGAACCACACACAUACAACCACAAAAACACAGUAAACGAAAAGCAAAUGUAUAAAUAUCGAGGAUACUUACACUGUAAUUAUAGGGGGGCGAAUAAGAAGGAAUACCAUACCAAAACGUAAGCAUAUUACAAGGAAAUUGCCAUUAGUCGAUAGUGUUAAAGCGAUACGUAUAUGAUCUACAUGCUAGGCUAACGGAAAACAAAAACUUAAGAAGGAAGAUGAAUACUUAGUGUAGCUCAAGAUGGAAUCUCUCGUAUCUCGUAACUCGUAACUCGUAACUCCAACUAAAAGCAAUUGUAAAAUAUCGUAACAGAUCUAGGGGCGAUCGAACAAACAAACAAAAAGCAAAAAGCAAAAUGCAAAAAGCGAAUGCAAAUGCAGAAAAGCAAACGAACAAAAAGCAAGACUUUAUUUUUCAAAGUGUUUGCCGCAAUAUAUUAACUCGAACAAUUCGAAUUGUACUAGCUGAAUGUAGAGGUUAAGAAGGACAUUUCAUAGACGCAAUCCUAGAAGCAAUAAGCACAGCCGGAAACGGAAAUGAAAAUUGAAACGGAAACGGAUGCAGAAGCGAAAGCAGAAGCAGAAGCAGGCAGAGCUAACGGUAACAUCGAUGACUUUUCACCACGUUUCACCAACUCCGGUACAGUUCUGUCCACUUUUUACCACACAGCACAGCACUUCCCUCCUCUCUCACUCUCUUUUAUCCUGUCUCUUUCCCUUUAAAUAUCUCCUCAAGCUUGUUUCACACUUAAUAGCCUGUUUCCACUUUCCAGUAACAUUCAUGGUGUGAACGGGCCAUACAUUAUAUCAGUGGAAACAGGCUACUUAUCUCUUUUAUCCCAUUUUGAGCAAACUAAAUCUGUAAGAACAUUGGAAAAAUUCUGUUGGUAAAGAAUCUCAUUUAAUGUUUGUGUUUGUUUGUUCAUUUGUUUGAUUGUUUUUUCGCUUGUUUGUUUGUUUGUUCCCGGUCUGAAUUUGGUUUCUGCCAUAUUGUUUGUGUAUAAUUAUUAUGUAUUCUUUGGUGGCUAAGUUAAGGUCUUAGUUCUGUAACUCCUACCGUACUUUCUCACUCAUUUGUUCUUUCGUGCAAUAAAAACGAGACUUGUAUA